AUGGGCCUGCCCAACUCCGAAGCAGAUAACUCCUUGUUGGUCUACAUGGGAGCAACUGUGCUCUAUGGGGGAACGAUUCUUUAUGCUGCCAAGAAGAGCCGGAUCGAGAAACCCACCCCCUUUGUCUGGGGCCUCAUCUUGCUUUUUGCUUUGGGGACUCUGUGUUUCACAAUGCUGAGAAGCUACCUGGGCUUGACUUUGUUCUCGGUGGUGUGCCUCAUCUACUGUGUUUCCACUUCUCUUCAAACCAUGCUUCCCGUGGACCGCAAAGCAGUGCUUAUCACAGGAACUGACUCUGGCAUUGGGCACCAACUUGCAAAGUACCUUGACCAGCUGGGAUUCACCGUCUUUGCCAGUGUUUUAGACCUGAACGGGCCCGGAGCAGAAAACCUGAGGAAGACGUGCUCAGAGAGACUUUCUCUCUUGAAGCUCGACAUCACCAAGUCUGAGCAAAUUAAAGACAUGUUUCUCGCCGUGCAAAAGAAGUUGAAACAUGCAGAUCUUUGGGGCUUGAUCAACAAUGCUGGGAUACUGGGAUUUGUGGGAGAUGGGGAAUUGCUAUCCAUGCAUUCCUACAAGCAGUGCAUGGAUGUCAACUUCUUUGGUCCCGUUGAAUUGUCCAAAACAUUCUUGCCAUUGCUCCGGACAUCCAAAGGAAGGCUAAUUAACAUCUCAAGCAUGGCAGGCGGGGUCCCAAUGCCAGGCAUGGCUGCCUAUGGAGCAUCGAAAGCAGCACUGUCCAUGUUUUCUGGCGUCUUGAGGCAGGAGCUCUCGAAAUGGGGCAUCAGAGUCUCUGUCAUUCAACCGUCUGCCUUCAAAACAGCUAUUCAGGGAACACCUGCGCUUUGGAUGCGGGAAGAACAGAUCCUUCUGGAGAACCUCACCCCAGAUGUGAAGAAAGAUUAUGGAGAAGAUUACAUCCUUGCACUGAAAACAACUCUCCCUUUCAUACAUUCUGUAUCCUCAUCAGACUUCUCGCCAAUGCAACGUGAUGUUUUACAUGCAUUACUAGCAAAGUAUCCACGUGCUUUGUACACACCAGGCAAGAAUGCAUACAAAUGCAUCUUCCUUUUCUCCUAUUUCCCAGUCUGGUUUUAUGAUUUUUGUAUGAGCAAACUAUUGAAAUUCCCAGUGGUGCCCAGCACUCUCCAAACAGCAGAAUGAAAAGACAAGAACUUGUAAGCAGAAGGCACAAACUAUCUGUACUCCAGGCAGCCAUGGAUAACAUAGCCAUUGCUUGAAAGCUUUGGAUCCCUGUGUGAUAUAGCCAGUUCUGAGUGCUGGAGAUCUCAGACCAUUGUUGCCAUUAUCUGCUACUCUUGAAUCCU